AUGUCUAUCCCUUCCAACUUGCAAGUACUUUCACUAUAUAAGUACAUAAGUACAUAUAUAUACUCCUUGAUCCUUAUAUAAUACAUGGGUUCUCACCAACUAUAUUUUCACAUUUGAUAAAAUUCUAAAAAAGGAAAGCAUGGGUAAUGAUGAUCAUCAAUAUGAUGUGCCGAUGGGGGUCGAUGUAAGGGGAAGAUUCCACCAAGACUUUGCCAAGAUUCUAACAAAAGAUGCAUUACAAUUUGUGGGUGAUUUACACAGAGAAUUUAAGGAUGAAAUAAAGUAUGCUAUGGAUUGUAGAAAAGAGGCUAAGAUUAAAUAUAAUAGUGGGGUGUUGCCGGGGUUCGAUCCCGCGACCAAUGAGAUUAGGGAAGGGGAUUGGGUAUGUGCUGCUCCACCUUCUGCUAUUUUUGAUAGGAGGGUGGAGAUUACUGGUCCCACUGACAGGAAGAUCAUCAUUAAUGCUCUUAAUUCUGGUGCUAAAGUUUUUAUGGCAGAUUUUGAAGAUGCUCUAUCACCAAGUUGGGAGAACUUAAUGAGAGGACAAGUGAACUUAAGAGAUGCUGUUAAUGGAUGUAUUACUUUCCAUGAUAUAUCCAGGAACAGAUUGUACAAACUUAAUGACCAAACUGCUAAGCUGUUUGUGCGUCCUCGCGGCUGGCACCUUCCUGAAGCCCACAUUCUUAUUGAUGGUGAUCCUGCCAUUGGCUGCCUUGUUGAUUUUGGGCUCUACUUCUACCAUAACUUUUCGAAAUUUCGCCAGACACAGGGCGAUGGCUUUGGCCCUUUCUUUUAUCUUCCUAAGUUGGAACACUCUAGGGAAGCGAAGAUAUGGAACAGCGUGUUUGAGCGAGCAGAGGAGAUAGUAGGGAUAGAAUGGGGGAGUAUAAGAGCGACUGUGCUAAUCGAGACGCUUCCUGCAGUAUUCCAAAUGAAUGAAAUCCUGUAUGAGCUGAGAGACCAUUCUGUAGGUCUCAACUGUGGAAGGUGGGAUUACAUCUUUAGCUAUAUCAAGACUUUCCAAGCACACCCAGAUCGCCUUAUGCCAGAUCGAGUUCAAGUUGGUAUGUCUCAACAUUUCAUGCGAAGUUACUCUGAUCUUCUCAUCUACACUUGCCAUAAACGCGGCGUUCAUGCCAUGGGAGGCAUGGCUGCCCAGAUUCCAAUCAGGGACAACCAAGAGGCAAAUGCAGCUGCCUUAGACUUGGUAAAAUUGGACAAACUGAGAGAAGUAAGAGCAGGGCAUGAUGGAACAUGGGCUGCUCAUCCGGGUCUGAUCCCAACGAUCUUAGACGCCUUCAAUGCUGAAAUGGGCGACUUGCCGAACCAAAUCAAAUCUAUAACCCGACCUGAAGCCUCAGCCAUCUCAGAAGAUGACCUGCUGCAACGUCCACAAGGUGUCCGAACCAUGGAAGGCCUCCGACUCAACACUCGAGUAGGAAUCCAGUACCUAGCAGCCUGGCUAACAGGGUCAGGUGCAGUACCGUUAUACAACUUGAUGGAGGAUGCAGCGACUGCUGAGAUUAGCCGGGCGCAAAAUUGGCAGUGGCUCAAAUACCGGGCUGAGUUGGAAGGCGAUGGGCUGCAGGUAAGGGCGACAAGCGAACUGUUUGCCGAGGUUGUAGAACAAGAAAUGGAAUGUAUGGAGAAAGAGGUUGGGAUAGAGAGGUUCGAGAAUGGGAAGUACAAGGAAGCCUGUGAGAUUUUUACUAAGCAGUGUACAGCAAGUGAGUUGGAUGAUUUUCUUACUCUUGAAGCUUAUAAUCACAUUAUUGUCAUUCAUCCAAAGGGGAACCAUGGCUAUGAGUGAACUCUUUAUGUUUCUUAGUUUUUAUUUAAUUUUGUUAAUAAAAGAGCUUUAUAUCAUAAUUUUGAUUUAGGCUUUGUAAAAGUUAUGCUACUGGAUUUUUAUGAAUUUAUGUAUCUUUGGUAUUAUUAUUAUGGAAAA